AGUAUAAGUCAAAUAAAAAAAGAAAAACAAAGAAAGAAGAGAAACGUAACCCUAGAAUCCGUCGAGUAUUAAAAUUGGUUGUAGCGUACGCUCACUAUGAACACGCGCCUCUUCAUCCUCAUUGCUCUCUCACUCUCUUCUUCUUCGCCGUUUCUUGUCGGCCUUCGCUGUUCACUCUCUCGCUAAAUUUCAAAACCCUAGAACCGCUUCUCUAACCGCAAAUCAAAAUCAAAUCGAAUCCAAUCCAAUCGACGCGCUAGGUAUUUGGUGUUCGGCUGCUGUUUUCUCUCCUAGCUGCUUCUGCUGUUUUAUGGAAAAAUGUCUUAUCAGUUAACUGUCGAGAUGUUUCAGUUCCAACCAUGUGGUUCGUUGCAAACAGUAUGAGUGCUUCCAUGGUGUGUUUUGGAAGGAGUCGGAUCUUGUUAGGUUAAUUUGUACUUGCAACUGACAAACUCAACCUCAGCUUAAUCUUUCUAUAUCUUAUAGAUGGAUCGACGUGAUACUUCAGGAUUUGUCAGCGGGGGUGCAUUAAACACCUUUAGACAAAUCUAACCCUAACUUUGUAGAUAAACAUCUCUUUUUUACCCGGAGGUCAGGAAGGCUGUACUGUGAAAUUCAUAAAUAGGAUUAGAUAUUCUUUUGGCAGUGGUUUCAUCACUUCCAUGGAUGCGAGGUUCAAGAACUUUUUAGGAUUUGCUGCUAAUCAUUCUGCAAAUGCAUUCAAGAUUUUGGGCAGUUCAAUGCAAAUUGAAGGAAGGGGAGCUGAUUAUCAUGGUACAGAUACCAUCUUACGACUUGAUUCCCCUGGUUCUUCAAUUCCCACCUCUGUGCCCUCUUCUAAGGGAACAAAAAGGAAGUGGGAUUUAAUUGAUGGAUGUAUGGGUCAAAGAGUUGACUCUUCUUUGUCACUUGGGCUUGGGCGUUCAAGCAGUUCCUCAGACAGCAAGGGGAGUUCAGCUGCUGCUUGCACUGCUAUGUCUUCAGCCAAAGAUAUUGAUGAGGAAUCAUCUAUGGAUAUUGAACUGGACUUUUUUCUUCAUCUUGGCUCUGAGAAGGUACAAAGCCAUAAGAAACCUGUUAAUUCAAAUUUGAAGACAUUGGAGCUGCAACCAAAAUUUGAUUUGGAGUUAAGCCUUUCCACUGGGCCCUGUGAGUCGGAUAUUACAAGCGUACAUCUAAAUCCAUCACCUCUUCAAUUGAAUAUGGAGAUACCAUUAACAUUCAGUGGGACACAAAAUACAGAUGAGGGAUCAACUUCAUGUAGCUGGCAGCCAGGGAUUGUUUUGCCAUCUUCUAAGAUGUCAUCAAAUACAGGUACUAAUUUUCUUUUAAGUCAGUCAUCGAAGCAGUUUGAUCAUAGUCCCAUUGUUGUGGACCUCUCGUCAACCGGACCAAAAAGUUCAGUCACCUGCACUUCUGGGCUUACACAGCAGCAACAGCCACUACAUCGCCCCGGUAAUUCUAAAACAUGUCAAGUGGAGGGAUGUGGGAAGGGUGCCAGAGGUGCUUCUGGACGUUGUAUAUCUCAUGGUGGGGGUAGGAGGUGUCAGAAACCUGGUUGCCACAAAGGAGCCGAGGGUCGUACAGUGUACUGCAAGGCACAUGGAGGUGGCAGGCGAUGUGAAUUCCUUGGUUGCACAAAGAGUGCAGAAGGACGUACAGAUUUCUGUAUUGCCCAUGGUGGUGGCCGGAGAUGCAGUCAUGAAGGUUGUACCCGGGCUGCCAGAGGGAAAUCUGGAUUAUGCAUCCGGCAUGGUGGGGGCAAGAGAUGCCAGAGAGAAAAUUGUACCAAGAGUGCGGAAGGCCUAUCAGGCCUUUGCAUCUCACAUGGUGGAGGGCGUCGAUGCCAAGUUCCUGGAUGUACAAAAGGGGCACAGGGGAGCACAAUGUUUUGCAAAGCACAUGGUGGGGGAAAACGGUGUACUGCACCAGGGUGCACCAAAGGUGCUGAGGGGAGCACCCCAUAUUGCAAGGGCCAUGGAGGGGGAAAACGCUGUACAUACCAGGGUGGUGGAGUAUGCACUAAAAGUGUGCAUGGAGGUACCAACUUCUGUGUGGCACAUGGGGGUGGAAAGAGGUGUGCUGUACCAGGCUGCACAAAGAGUGCUAGAGGAAGGACUGAUCAUUGUGUCCGCCAUGGGGGAGGCAAGAGAUGUAAGUUCGAAGGCUGUGGAAAGAGUGCACAAGGCAGCACUGACUUUUGCAAAGCACAUGGGGGAGGCAAGAGAUGCUCUUGGGGCCAUCCUGGUUCAGAAUAUGGCAUCCAACAGGAUGGUCCUUGCAAUUCAUUUGCAAGGGGGAAAACAGGUCUGUGUGCACUUCAUAGUGGGCUAGUGCAUGACAAGAGGGUUCAUGGAGGCAUCUCACUGGGAUCUGUUGUUCAGGAUCCUCAUUCCAGUAAAGCAGAUGAACUAAAGCAGGUACUCAUUGACAAAAACAUGGAUGUAAAUAUGAUGAAAAUAGGGAGUAGCCUAGGCGCUGCUGCAACCUGUUCUGACUUCGAGCAGUUGGAAGCUGCAACUGCUCAUGUCUCGGUUAAGGAAGGUGGUCACUUGCCAAUGUCAGUUGUUGUUCCUGAAGGCAGGGUGCAUGGUGGUAGUCUGAUGGCAAUGCUAACGGGGAGUUCUAGCCGUGGCUCAAGCAGCGGGAGAGGUCUAGUUAGUGAUCCAUCUGAACCAAUCAAAGGUUACCCCAUGCCCCAGAGUUGGAUUUAAAUCUAGUUUUCAUUGUUAUGGUCUCCGUAGUUAACAAAUUUUAUCAGCAUGUUACAUUAUUACUCCAUUCUACGUUAGGUUGUUGACGAAUUGAGUUAUUCUGUCAUCAGUUGAAAUUGAGUUGAGAGAAUAUCCAAAUCGUUUGGCAAUCUGGUGGUGGAGGGGGUAUCAAGGUAGGAAAAUUGUACUUUGAUUAGGUAGUUGGUGAUGUUCUUUUACCAUUCUUCCUCCCUCUGUAAAUAUUACAUCUGAUGAAACGUUUAGCAGUUUGUGAAUACAGGUUUGCUACCUGUAGUGUAAGGUUGUCGUCAGUGUGCCAUGUAUUCUAUUUAAUAAUAAAACUUCACUGAGAUUGUAUUUGUUAUAAUAGUACUUGUUUUGAAUUCAAUACAUGGCUACCCUCUCGAGUUUUA